CGUUCAUCCAGCAGCGGGCGGCCGCUGAGCAUCAGAGCGCCGAUCCUCCUCCGUGUCGGGAAGGCGUGCGGUUCGCUGUCAUACGUUCACUAAACGCUGCUCGCGUUUUAUUUUCUGCCCAGCUCCCAGCAGGACAGAAAGCUCUCCAGCUCAGACCAACAUGGGUUAGACAGAAAGCGACCUAUGGAUUAACCACUUUGUGCACUUCAGCGAGGAUGAUGGGGGGGGAAACGGACUUGUUUUCGAAGAGACAUCCUGACAAAGACUGGGACUGAGAGGGAAUAGAGAUCUGGAUUCGCUGCCUCUCUCUGUCUCGCUUUGCAUCUUUGUCGUUGUAUUAUUUUUUUCUGUUUUUAUUAUUUCCCCGCGUGUGUGCGAGACAGAGAAAUGUUUGCAGAAUUGCUGUGCGGCGCCGUGGCUCUGGUCCUGUAUGUCAACACUCUGGGCGCCGAUUUCUGCUACGAUGACAGCCGUGCAAUCAAGACUAAUCAGGACCUGCUUCCAGAGACGCCCUGGACAAACAUCUUCUACGAUGACUUCUGGGGCACCUUACUCACACACAGUGGCAGCCAUAAGUCUUACCGGCCCCUCUGCACCCUCUCCUUCCGCCUCAACCAUGCUAUGGGUGGGCUGGAGCCCUGGGGUUACCACCUGGUUAAUGUGGCUGUCCACGGGGUUGUGACAGGCCUGUUUACCUGCCUGGCUCGCCUGCUGCUUGGAGGAGGCCUGUGGAGUCUGCUCGCUGGGCUGCUGUUCGCCUCUCACCCCAUCCACACCGAGGCGGUGGCCGGCAUCGUGGGCCGGGCCGAUGAAGGUGCCGCCCUGUUCUUCUUGCUGUCCCUGCUGUGCUACAUACGUCACUGUAAGCUGCGGGGCCAUGCCGGGCCCUGGCGGCUCGUUGCCUGGUUCUUGGGCAGCCUGGGCUGCGCUGCAUGCAGCAUGCUGUGGAAAGAGCUCGGAGUGACCGUCCUGGCUGUAUCGGCGCUGUACGAUGUCUGCGUUUUCCACCGGCUCAAAUUGCGACAGGUCAUCAUGCUCCUCUACAAGAGAAAGAACGUCCACCUGCUGCUGAAUGUGUGUUUGCUGGCAGCCUGGGGAGCCGUCCUGUUGGCCUGCCGCUUCUACUGGAUGGGUAACAAACCCCCCAACUUCUCCAACUCCGACAACCCGGCAGCCGACUCACCCUCGCUCCUCACCAGGACGCUAACCUUUUUCUACCUGCCUGCCAUCAACUUUUGGCUUCUCCUUUGCCCGGACACGCUCAGCUUUGAUUGGUCAAUGGACGCCCUGCCUUUGAUCAGGAGCCUUGCUGAUUGUAGGAACUUUCAUACAGUAGCCUUCUACCUUGGAUUGCUCUUGCUGGCUUGGUUCAGCCUGUGGACGCAACAGACAGCUAAAGGCAAGGAGACCAAUGGUAAAGCGCAUCUUUACACCAAUGGCAGAAAUGGGAACAGUAAUGGACACAGUUACCAAUAUAACAAUCAUGAACAUAUGAACAAUUCCCACACCGAUGCUCACAUUAAUAGUGCACAAAAUGGUACCAAAAAGCACUAUGAGAGCAGGACACUGCCAACCACUGAAAAUGUUGUGGUUUUCUCUCUAGGCAUCUUGGCUAUUCCUUUCCUCCCUGCCACAAACUUGUUUUUCUAUGUGGGGUUUGUGAUAGCAGAGAGAGUACUGUACAUUCCCAGCAUGGGCUUUUGCUUGCUGGUGGCAGUGGGGAUGAGGUCUCUGUACGUGCGUCUGCGACGCAGGUCCGCCAGGACGAUGUUAGUGUACUGUAGCGCUGCCGUGGUGCUUCUUUUUGGGGUCAAAACUAUUUUGAGGAACAGGGACUGGCAGAAUGAGGAGAUGCUCUACAAGUCAGGGAUUUAUGUCAAUCCUGCUAAAGCAUGGGGCAACCUUGGAAAUGUCCUGAAGAGCCAGGGCAAGAUGGAGGAGGCUGAACAGGCGUACAGAAAUGCCCUCUAUUAUCGCAGCAACAUGGCUGACAUGCUGUAUAACCUCGGUUUGCUGCUACAGGAGAGCAACAAGUUCUCAGAGGCACUCCACUACUAUAAGCUGGCCAUUGGGAGUCGGCCAACUCUGGCUUCGGCCUACUUGAACACAGGCAUCAUCCUGAUGAAUCAGGCUCGCCUAGAUGAGGCCAAGCGCACCUUCCUGACCUGCGCUGACAUCCCAGAUGAGAACCUGAAGGACCCCCACGCCCACAAGAGCUCAGUCACCAGCUGCUUAUACAACCUGGGGAAGCUGCUGCAUGAACAAGGACACCAGGAGGAGGCCCUCACAGUGUUUAAAGAAGCAAUACAGAAAAUGCCAAGACAAUUUGCACCACAGAGCCUCUACAACAUGAUGGGAGAGGCCUACAUAAGACUGAACAAGCUGACUGAAGCUGAACACUGGUACAGAGAGUCUUUGCGAGCCAAGCCAGACCACAUUCCUGCACACCUCACCUAUGGCAAACUCCUGGCUAUAACGGGGCAGAAAACAGAAGCGGAGAGGUACUUCCUGAAGGCCAUCCAACUCGAUCCCACAAAAGGCAACUGUUACAUGCAUUAUGGUCAGUUUUUGUUGGAAGAGUCGCGGCUGCUGGAAGCGGCGGAGAUGGCAGAGAAAGCCGCACGCCUCGACAGCGGGGAGUUUGAUGUGGUCUUCAGUGCAGCCCACAUGCUCAGACAAGCCAGCCUAAAUGAGGCAGCCGAGAAGUAUUACGGACAAGCAGCAAGCCUGAGACCCAAUUAUCCUGCAGCCUUGAUGAACCUGGGAGCGAUCCUCCACCUCAACGGGAAGUUGCAAGAAGCUGAAGCCAAUUACCUCCGAGCCCUUCAGCUGAAACCGGAUGACACCAUCACCCAGUCCAACUUGCGUAAGCUGUGGAACAUCAUGGAGAAACAGGGCCUGAGGACCACGAGCCCCUGAGCUCACUCCGCCCACCUACCUGCCAUCUGUACGCCAGAUCUGGGGGAAAGGACGGCCUGCACGCCCCUCAUUCGCUCUUCUCAUCCAGGAGAGAUGGAAGAGACUCAGGGAGGAUGUUUGCUCAGAGAGGCCAUGACUGUGCCGCACAGCCCUCCUAAUGACUCCUGAGCUCUGCAUGCACCUCAGGCUAGCAGCUUUCCUCAGAAGCAUUGCUCACAGUUUGGCAGGAGCUACAUGGUAUUUGGACUCUUUCAAACUUUCUUCAAAAUUAGUGCUCUCACAGGAACCAUGUCUUUUUUUCUGUUUCUUUCUUUAUAACUAGAGCACAUGAACUUGAAGUGACACCAUAGGUACAUCCUUCAACAUUUGUGAUGAAUUAGGGUUUUUUAAAUAAGCAAUUGUAGUUCAAAGCCAUGAAAUUUGUCCCCGAGCAGUGUGAGAUAAAAUAUAAAAGAGAGAAAAGAAUCCCAGAGCUUUGCACUGAGGGUAUUUUCCAUCAUCGUUUACUGAAGUUCUUGGUUUGAUCAGAUGGCCCAUCUUGAUAAUGAAGAAAAUAAGGCAAUAUGAAGAAUUGCAUACCACCCAAAAUCACCAAAUCAAUCAUGUAAAUCAAGUAUAAAUCACUAAAAUCUACAUUCACAUCCUCAGUGGGUCACUUUGUUUUGCUGUUGUUUUGAUAAGAUUACACACACUUAAUGAAGACAUGAAAAUUAGCACCAUCAUUGCAAACCAUUUUUAGCAGAUGUCCUGAUAUUUGGGGAAAACUUGAAAAAGGGAAUUUAAUUUGGUAGCCAUCACAGCACAACAGUAGCCUCUAAAAGCUCCAUGAAGGCUGGGAUUUGCCAAAUGCAGUAUGUUUUGGCAAGAAAACUCAAAAGCAAAGAAAAAUGGGACUCCUUUCACAUGUGAUGCCUUAUAAUAAAAGGUGUGACUAUUAUUUAGCAGUUAACAGUAGCAUACAUGUGGCAUUUUUACCACUACUGCUUCUUGGUCUGCUCUAGCAAAAAAGCCAAGUCACCAUGGUAACUUGUUCAUCGACAGCAGUGAGAAGCUGUAAAUGGAAAGAUUAAGCUACCUUCUAGUGGAAGUCACAGACAACAAAGAGGCAGGUACUGUAGUUUUGGUUACACCUCCUCCCCACAUGCCUGAAGCUUUUACAAAUGAGUGUACAGAGCCGAAACAGAUGAAGGAGUUUUUCUAACCAAAUAAAAAAAGCUAUGCCGAUGGACACCUUUUCAUCACAGGACAAUGCACAGACAUAGCACGUUUGAGGGAAAUGUCUUAAUGCCUGUGUUUUUGUUGGAAUAAAACUAAUUUUGUUGUGUUUGUAUAAAUGAAUCCUAAUAUAUACCUACAGUGUGUAUAGUAUACAAAAAAUCAUGCAGCAAAAAAGUAGCCAGACUUAAAGUGGAAGCUCAGAUACUGAGCAAGUUUGGUUCGUUACAUGAAGUAUUUCCCAUAUUGUCAAAACUUGUCUUAAGGUCUCAUUUUGUAUAUAUCCUGUGUAAUUAACAUCUGUUUGUUUGUUUGUUGUUGUUGUAAGCAUACAGUAAGUGAAAUGGCACCUUCCCAGAAGUAAGAAUAUGUACAUUAUUUGUGAUCAUUUGUUAUUGGCCACAAACCUCCUAAACUAUCUGUGUCCUUAGUUUAUACAUUGUAAGUUAAUUGCUUUAUGUUACCUUAGCAACAGAACCAGCUGGCACUGUGUUUUUACAUGUAAAAUGAGGAAGUUAGCGGAAAUGAUAUUCGAAUACAGUUGAGUGGCCCCAGAUAAAUAUAAAUACAGAGCAACACCUACAAUGGAGGAUAAAAUAUGUAAAUAUAUGUCACUUGUUGCAGUCACAAUGGUGUCAACACUAUUUUUGACUGUGAUGGUCACUACUGAUAUGUUCAGUAAGAUAAUCACAGUUCACAUUCAUUCCUGCCCCACACCUCACACUCCCCAUAGUCAAACAGCGUGCUCAUUUCUCCUGUUUAUAUAAAGUGUUUAUGAACAAACACUUGAGUGAAGAUGUAAAAAAAAAAAAAAAAAAAAGCGUUUCACUCUGUGUCUCUGCUCAGGGAUCUCAGGCGGUGGGUUGUUGCAGAAACUUGUUCACAGAGGGUUUACUAAAUUAAAGAUUUAUUUUUGAAAGUUGUUGUAUUUGUAUAAAUUAUCGAGAUUUGUAGCCUUUUCUCCUUUUUGUAAUAUAAAGAUGAAAAAUAUGCCAGAAUAGACUUUUCCUCCAAUGUUGCUUUUUUUCCACAAUAAAUUUAUGGUGUUCUGCUUUUG